AUGUCCCACUGCCACGACGAGCACCACGGCCACAGCCACGGCGGCCACGGCCACGACGAGCACGACCACUCGGACGACGUCACGCCCGCGCUGCAGCACUCGCUGUACGGCCACAUCAACUUUGACGAGGUGACGGCCCUCAACGAGGCGGCCAUCGGCAGCGCGCGGGCCGUCGUCAAGAAGACGUGGGCCGAGAGGCUGGACGCCGAGCCCGAGGUCGUGAGCGACUGUGAUGAGCAGUUGUUGGUUAACGUUCCCUUCACCGGCCAAGUAAAACUCCACGCCCUCCUCCUCCGCACCUCCGACUCCCCCUCCGCCCCGCGCACCCUCAAACUCUUCAUCAACCGCGACGACCUCGACUUCGCCUCCGCCGAAGACGCGCGCCCCACGCAGGAAUUCGAGCUCUCGCGCACGGCGCAGGUCCAAGAGAUCCCCGUCAAGCGGAGCCUCUUCGGGCGCGUCCAGCGCCUGACGCUGUUCUUCGAGGACAACUUCGGCGACGGCGACGAGGGCGAGACGAGGGCGUCGUAUCUGGGGUUCAAGGGCGAGUGGAUGCAGCUGGGGCGGGCGCCGGCGAAUAUCCUGUACGAGGCGGCGGCGAAUCCGAGCGAUCACAAGGUCAAGGGGACGGGGGUGAACGAUGUUGGGAGCGGUAUUGGAGGCCGGGAGUGA